AUGGAUGCGCCACCAGUCAUCACCAUCUACAACCUCCCACCUAGCCCAGCCAGGUGGGAUCGGGUCGGAACAUUCUACAUUAUCUUCUGCGUUGUUUGGACACUCCUGGUUCUUGCUGGUAUGACAUUCUGCUGGUGCAACCGCAACAACCCACUACUCAGACUCCGUGGUCUCGCUCUUUCAUUCUCCGCGAUUGUUCUCCUUCACCUCUAUUGGAUCCUCGGUCAGAUCGUGUACCCAGUCGGACCUACCAUACCUAUAGUUCUGGCAUACGACAUACAAUACUUCUUCAUGGGAAUCUGGUUCCCUCUCGGCAUUGCUCUUUUCCACGCAUCCAAUAGUCGCCUUCUUCAGGUAGCUAAGCUGCAGAAGAAGUAUAGCAGUGCCAACUUGAGAGACCAGUUCAAUUCGUCACAGCCUUACAAUUCUUGGUUAUGGAUCGGUAUGGUCGUCCAGGUCAUCCUGACAGUUAGCAUGUGGUCAGCAUGUCGCAAAUACCAUCCUACCUAUGGUAUCCCGGGCACCGAGAUCAAGAGUCAGACACUUCCAGAGCAAAUAAUUGAGUUGGGCCGGGGCUGGGAGUGGUGGCCAUCUGUACUCUGGCAGGUAGUCUGGACAUGGAUGGUUGCACCCUUUCUGAUCUGGAGGACAUGGCAUAUCCGCGAUACUAUGGGUUGGCGAACACAAACGAUCGGCUGUUGCCUCUCCAGUCUACACGCAACUCCCAUGUUCUUGAUUGCAAGUUAUGUACCCCAGUUUGCGCCUGUGAACUUUUACUUCCCUCCCAGUUCAUGGAUCCACGUCUCAAUUUUUCUUAUCGAGAUCUUUGCUGUUUUCGUCCCUGCCUUCCAAGUCAUCAAGCAACGUAUCCUCGUCAAGCGCGUCGAAAGUCUGAAUAUCGAGUGGUACUCCACAUCCUCAACGUCCACGCUUCGAGAACUCGAUGAUCUACGAAGAGGUUCCUCAGUAGCUACUCGUCUCGGCGACAAGGGAGGAUAUGAAUCCUCAGAACAAGAGAUGAAAGAUACCCUUCUGACCAUCAGCGCUUUCAACUACACCCUCAACAGCAAUCCUGGACCCCUGCAAGACUUCUCAGCUCUGAACGACUUUUCGGGAGAGAACAUUUCUUUCUUGACUGAGGUUACCAGAUGGAAGAUCUCGUGGCGUGCCGAACCAGACGAGGCAGAUGUUCGUGAUGCGUAUAAUGCUGCACUGGAUAUUUACGCCAACUUUAUCAGUCCUUGUGAUGCUGAGUUUCCACUGAAUCUUGGAUCAGCAGAUCUCAAGUACAUGGGAAAGAUGUUCGAAGCAGCUGCACGAGAGACAUUUGGACAAGCGAACGUGUAUCCAGCUAUACCGUUUGAAACCACGACGUCUCUUGAGUCAGCACCUGCUUCAGCCCUGGCGAGACCUAUCUAUGCUGGGAUUAUCCCUGCCGAGUUCGGACCUGGCGUUUUCGAUGCCAUUGAGCAACAUAUCAAGUAUCUGGUUUUGACGAACACAUGGCCAAAGUUUGUCAAGGAAAUGCAGUCACGGAGGCGAUCUGGGGAGACAACACGGAGUGGUUAUUCGGCUUCGUCUGAGGCAUCUAUGGUCAGUCGACUUUCAGACAAAAUGUCAAAACUCUUCUAUCAUAUUGGUUGA